AUGUCUAUCCUUGCGCAGUUUGGGCCUGAAGUUGAGGAAUCUGAUGAACAACCGGAGACCCUGCCGAGGAUCUCCCUAUAUCAGGAUUUUGAUGUCUACGUUGACUGUGGGUGGAAAAUUGAUACGGCUGAGAGACUAGAGGAUGCACAGGGGGCUAUCUGGGAGGCUUUGGAGCAGGCGCGUCAAAGGGCUGGGGAGGAGUUUCGGGGACAGGAGUUUGAACAACGCAGAGAGGUGUGGUUGGAGAAUUUGUACUAG